GAGGCUGCUUACGAUGACGACAGCCACAAAGACGGUCCGCAGCAUGGCGUCCUCCUCGUUGUCCUCUUCGCACCUCCGACCGACGUCCGAGCAGGUGCAGCGAGUGUCGGGCCAGAUUCAGGCGGUCCGCCAGCGCAUUUCGCAGGCCGCCUCGCACGCCAAGCGACGGGACCCACCGCGGCUCGUGGCCAUCUCCAAGCUUCACCCGCCCACAUCAAUUCUGGCCGCGCACACGUCGUGCAGUCCGCCGCAGAUCCACUUUGGCGAAAAUUACGCGCAGGAGCUCGAGAGCAAGGCCAAGGUGCUGCCCAGCAGCGUCCAGUGGCAUUUUGUGGGCAAGCUGCAGAGCAACAAGGCCAAAGUGCUUGCCGCCAUCCCGAACCUGUACCUGGUCGAGACGCUCGACUCUGUGAAGGCGGCGCAGGCACUACAAAAGGCGUUGGUGAACUUGGAAACGAAGAGAGAAGGACCGCUUCGGGUCUAUCUCCAGGUCAACACCAGUGGUGAGGACGCCAAGGGUGGCUUGCCGCCCCUGGGAGGACAUGAGCAGGGCGACAAGGGUGGCGAGCUCGUCCAGCUCGCGCAGACGAUCGUUCAAGACUGCGAUCGGCUGGAGUUGAGCGGUCUCAUGACGAUUGGAGCGGCGGCUGAGAGCAGAAAAGGAGACGGAAACGGGUUUCAGUCGAAGGAAGAGGCGCUCGAGGCCAAUUCAGACUUUAGAGUCCUCAGCGAGACUAGGCUGGCCCUCGUCAGAGCGUUGCGACAGGCCAAAGUGGAGAGCAAGAACAGUCGAUAUACCCAGUUGCUGAGUGGAGACGACGAGGAAGGAGGCCUGGAGCUGAGCAUGGGCAUGUCGGCCGACCUCGAGGUGGCCAUCUGGGCGGGGAGCGACAAUGUGCGCGUGGGCACAGACUGCUUUGGCGUGAGGCCAAAGAGCAGAGACGAGGCCAUGGAGUCGAUGAAGCACGAGCUCGAGCCACCAGCAUCUGCGUGAGCGAAAUACACAUCUAGACAUAGAUAUGGCCCCCCUUUAUGGCUGUACUUGUAAUCCGACAAAAGUAUUAAUACAAUGGGCCUCCU